UUAACAUAUUUUGACUUGUUUCAUACAAAAUAAGUCGAAUAGAGCUGAGCCAAGUGGUACACAAAUUGUGGAGCAGCAGAUUUUAAUCCCCCAACUAAACUCUAUUAAUCAAUUAAUUAACACCAUAAUAUAAAUUAAUUAAAUUAGUCAGUCGUGUAUAAUUUGUAACCCAAAAGACAGAACAACCAUACUCCUCUUCAUGAAAAAGGUCAGCAUCUCUCUAGAUAAAGGAAGCAACCCAGAAAACUGACAAAAAAAACAUAUUCAAAGGAGAAAAUUGUGGAGUUUAAUUAAUUAUCUAAUAAUUUAUUUAAUUAAUUAUACUUUAUAUAGUAUUCUAUAAAUAUAUAUUAGCAAGACCAAACUUGUUUCAAUUCUCAAACUAAUUCAUUUCUUCCCUCUUUUCCUUACAAACUAACAAUAUUUUCCUACACAAAAAGUUCAUGACCAAGAAAACUUGUUUGUUCAUCACCAUAUACUACUCUUUCGUACCGGCCUGAAACCCGAAAAAAAAAACAUGAUUUUCCCUCUUUUAAUCGUCUUAAUUAGCACGCGAUUAGCUAAUGCUCAAUAUCAUAAUAAUGAUCAACAACACACUCCUACAUCUUCAAAUUUUCAGCCAAGUCUGUUUGUUGUAAUAGGAGUACUUUGCUUGAUGUUUUCAUUAACGUUGAUCCUACUUGUUUACGCGAAAUUCUUCCAUAGACGACCAUCUGCAAUCCAUAGUGUUGGUCUCAACAACGGGAACACCCAACAAGGAGGGGGCAUGUUUGGGAACAACACAAGGUUCUCAGGGAUUGAUAAGGCAGUGGUGGAUUCCCUUCCUUUUUUUAGGUUCGCGUCUUUGAAAGGGUCCAAACACGGCCUACAAUGUGCUGUAUGUUUAGCAGAGUUCGAAGAUGUUGAAAUCUUAAGACUGCUCCCUAAAUGUAAACAUGGGUUUCAUAUAGAGUGUGUAGACUUGUGGCUUGAGCAUCACUCAACAUGUCCUUUGUGUAGGCAAAAAGUUAGUGUUGAGGAUCUUACUAAUAAUAACUCGAGCAGGAGCAUGAGCAUGAGCAUGAGCAUGAGAUUCUUCAUUGGAGGUCAAAAACCAGAGGAUAAUACAGGGGAAGAAUCAUCAAGUUUCGAGCUUUUCAUUGAGCGAGAAUCUGAUGAUCAGAGGUCUUCUUCAUCAAGGUUUAGUAUAGGAGGAAGUUUCAGGACAAUUCUCAGUUCAAAGACUGAAGAAAAAGAAGAAAUCCAUAUAAACCUUGAACAAAAUGAUCAUCAUCAUCAUAGUCAAGGAAAGAUUCUGCAUAGGCUUAAUCAUCAGAUUGUUGUUUCAGAUAUCGUGUUCAAGAAUCGUUGGAGCGAUGUUAGCUCUUCGGAUUUGAUGUUCUUGAACUCUGAAAUGCUCGGUGUAAUGUCAAGUGACAGUUUCCCUAAAGAGGGUGGUGAUGAUAAUCCACAUAAAGUUGAUCAAAGUAGCUUGAUCAACACGAGUCCUCCACGGCGAAGUAGCUUGAUCUCAGCUGAUAAGAGGGCAAUGUCAGAGAUUACAACAUGUACAAGGUUUAAGGAUUUCAUGAGUAUGAAGAAUAAGCUUAGACAAUGUUUAGCAAAUUCUGAGAUUAAUAAUAAUAAUAAUAAGAGUGAUAAUGAUAAUGAUGGUGAUUAUGUUAGGGAGGAUUUAAUUAAUAGGAGAAAAAAAUGGUUCCCAAUUGCUAAAAGAACAGUUCAAUGGUUUGCCAACAGAGAAAAAAACAGGUCUCAGCAACAGCAACAGCAACAGCAACAGGGUACAAGUCAAACAUUGGAUGUAUAGUUUUUUUUCUUUUUUUUUUUUAUCUUAAGUUAGAUUUAGCAUUUUGUAACUUUUAUAAUCUUUUGAUUAGUUAGAGAUUGUUUUUUAAACCCGUGUAGAGGUUGAUAAAAUUACUCUCGUUACAUACUUGUAAAAUAUGACAACUUUUUUCGGAUAUCUUCAUGUAUUCUGCGAAGUAUGUGACCAUUAUUCGAACAAUUGAUGGAGUAAUGCUUAAAUAUAAGUCAAAUAAUGGAUGUAUAUACUCUGUAUAUAUAUUUCUUUUUAGACAUUUUAUGUACAUAUUA